AAAUAGCACAUCUUACGUUGAAAUGAAGGUGUCUAGAGGUGUUCGCCUGCUAAAACUGCUCCCGAAUGUCCGGAACUCCAGCAGUGGACCCACCAAACCCCUGAAGAUCAUUAACUCCAAGCAUUUUGAGGAAAUCAGCAUACCCGUUCCAUGGGGACACAUUGCGGGCAAAUGGUAUGGACCCAAGCACGUGAGACCCAUUGUGGGCAUGCACGGCUGGCAGGAUAAUGCCGGUACCUUCGACACCUUGGCCCCGCUCCUGCCCUCGCAUCUCUCCUUCCUUUCCAUCGAUGCCCCCGGGCAUGGACUCUCCUCCUGGCUGCCAGCCGGCACUUCCUACCACUCCAUCGACCUGGUGCUCAUCACCCGCCGGCUGAUGGACGAGUACAACUGGGACAAGAUCUCCAUACUGGCCCACUCGAUGAGCUCCAUCAAUGGCUUUGUGUUCAGUGCUUUGUUCCCCGACAAAGUGGAUCUGUUUGUGGGCCUGGAUGUGCUCAAACCGCCCGUUCGAAGCUCUCGCAGUAUUGUGGAUGCUCUGGGCGAACGUAUCGAGUCCACCUUGAAGCUGGAACGCCGCUUGAGGAGUGGCUCCGAGCCACCAGCCUACGACUGGGAUCAAUUGGUGACGCGGCUGCACGAGGGCUCGAAUAAAUCUGUGUCUCUGGAUGCCUGCAAGUAUCUGCUGCAGCGGAAUUGCCGCCCAUCGACGCACGAGCCGCACAAGUAUUACUUCUCCCGCGACAACCGACUGAAGUCAUCGCUGUUCUACACUCUGCACCAGGAGGUGCCGAUGGAGAUGGCGCGCAGGAUCAAGUGCCCGCAUCUGUUCAUCAAGGCACUGCAGGCUCCCUACUACGAACGCAAGGAGUACUUUGAUGAAGUAUUGGCCGAACUACAGAAGAAUCCCCUGUUCGAAUUCCACGAGGUUGAAGGAACCCACCAUGUGCACCUUAAUGAACCGGAGAAGGUGGCGCCCAUCAUAAAUAACUUUAUCAACAAGUACCGACCCUUAUGAGAUCGCUAGUUAAUUGAUAGACUUAAUUUCCCCCCGACGCAGAUUGAUGAUAUUGACUGGAUAUUAGAUGAAAAUCAAUCUCAGUAGUAGAAAAUACCCAAACAUGGCACUUUUGGUUGCUUCUAUUUAAUUUAUUAUGUACAAUCGAUACCGGCAAUAACAUUAAAGUUAAACACUACAUUACAGACUUCAAAAU